AUGAACACCAUAAGCGGGAUAGCAAGCUUGAUGAUCCUAGCCGAUCUCUCCCCCAUCCACUCCAUACUGAGUAUGUUGGUACUCUUCAUCACGGCAGCCCUGAGCCUCUACCUAGCCGGCUACCACCUCAUGGGCAUCCUUUAUGUCCUCAUCUACGUGGGAGCCAUAGCCAUCCUGUUCCUCUUCAUCGUAUCCCUCCUCAAGAUCAAGCACCUAGCCAACACGGUGAAGACCUCGCCCCUCGUGGUGGUGGCCUUAGCCACAGUGUUGAUCCCCUUCGACCUCACACUAGGAGAGAGACGAGUGGUGGAAGAGGCGCCAAGCCUCGCCUACCAGGAGCUUAGCCAUGUGGGAACCUACCUGUACUGUGACAGCGCCAUCAUGCUAGUGGUCACAGGGGUCAUACUAAUCCUGUCAAUCAUAGGGGCGAUAGCAGUAACACGACGGUAA